GAUUUUAUGUCUUUGUUAGCAACAGAGUUCAGCGAAUAAGAAGAUCCUCUCUCCCUGAACAAUGGCACUAUGUGUCAACAGAGAGCAAUCCAGCUGAUCUGGCCACAAGAUCUGUAUCAGCAGCACACCUGAAAGAUACUAUGUGGUUCACAGGUCCACCCUUCUUGAGUCAUUCUCACCACUUGAAACUAGAGACUGAAACCUUUACAUUAGUGGAUCCGGCUCAAGAUACAGAGAUUCGUCCACAAGUUACAACUUUGAGUACAACAUCCAAAGGUAAAGAACUAGGGUCUGAACGUUUUUGCAGGUUCUCUAGUUGGAAUACUUUGACGAGAGCAUUAGCACGCCUCAUUCAUGUAGCACAUCUGUUCAAACAAAAAAGAGAAAGCCAACUAGAUCAUUGUAAGGGCUGGCACCUUUGCAAAGAACUAAACUUGGUGCAUGACUUUAAGAAAGCUAGAACAGUCAUCAUACAGAAUGUUCAAAAAGAGACUUUUGCAAAAGAAAUACAGAGCAUUUUAGAAAAGGAAGGCAUGCCAAAUGAUAGUCCUCUCAGAGCAUUGGACCCUUUCAUAGAUGAAAAUGGACUACUGAGAGUAGGUGGUCGCUUGAGAAAUGCAGACCUAGGACCAGAAGAAAGGAAUCCAAUUAUUGUGCCUGGUCAUCACUACAUUGCUACCCUCAUUGUUCGUCACUAUCACAUCCAGUCGCAACACCAAGGGCGCCACAUUACAGAAGGAGCCGUCCGCUCAGCAGGAUACUGGAUAACAGGAGGAAAGAGAUGUGUGAGUAGUCUCAUCUUUAAAUGUGUCAUAUGCAAGAAGCUCAGAAAUACUUGCGAAACACAAAAAAUGGCAGAUUUGCCACCUGAUAGACUGAGAACAGAUCCACCAUUCACUCACAUUGGCCUUGAUGUAUUUGGGCCAUGGACAGUCUGCUCAAGACGUACACGAGGAGGCUCUGCCGACAGCAAAAGAUGGGCAGUUCUUUUUACUUGUCUAAAUAUCAGAGCCAUUCAUAUUGAAGUGAUAGAAUCCAUGGACACUUCAAGCUUUAUAAAUUCUUUCAGAAGGUUUUUUGCUAUACGUGGUCAAGUCAAAACUAUCAGAUCUGAUCGUGGUACCAACUUCGUUGGAGCAUGCCGUGAACUUGGAAUCUCUUCCAACCUUAACUAUGAAGAGAUAGAAAGUUUCCUUUCCAAACAAGAGGUGUGUUGGAUCUUUAAUCCUCCUCAUGCCUCCCACAUGGGAGGUGUGUGGGAAAGAAUGAUAGGAGUUGCAAGAAGAAUAUUAGACUCCAUGCUUCUACAGUUACCUUCAAAACUCUCUCAUGAGGUUCUCAUUACUCUAAUGGCAGAAGUGACUGCAAUAGUGAACUCAAGGCCUCUGACCCCAGUCUCAUCAGAUCCUGAGGACCCACAAAUACUCACUCCAGCUACACUGUUGACUCAGAAGUUUGCAUCUCAUCCUGUACCUUCUGGGAACUUUGAUGGUAAAGAUCUCUAUAAAAGACAAUGGAGACAGGUUCAAAGCCUAGCCAAGGUCUUCUGGGACCGGUGGCGCAAACAGUAUCUAUCUACCCUGCAGGUAAGAAGGAAAUGGCAAUCAGAUAGACCUAACAUCAACGCAGGAGAUCUUGUCCUUCUAAAAGAUCAACAUACCAAGAGGAAUGAAUGGCCUAUGGGUCGUGUAACAAAGACUUUCCCUGAUAAAGAUGGCAAAGUUCGCAAAGUGGAAAUAAAGAUUGCCAGAGAUGGGAGUUCUACAUUAUUCUUCAGACCAGUGACAGAGCUCAUCCUUCUUCUUCAGGCUGAAGACCCUGCUCCCUGAUUGGACUAGAAUAAUUGUGGUGAUCUUACAGACACCAGGCGGGGAGUGUACUGUUAGGACAGGUAUAUGUCUUUUCAUUUGAUUACAGGUAUGAGCAGUCCUUCAGCUCCAUCUACUGGACACUUGUAGAUAUUUCCUGGUGUUAGUUAUUUGUUUAAUAAAGUUAGUUAUUGACCUCUGAUGUCAUAACUCCAGGUCACAGGAAGUAGGUGUUUCCAGCCUGUGCAGUUCAUCUCAUGUGCUUUCAGCUUUCUCCAUGCUAAACAGGCCCUAUGCAGCAUUGUUGUUUUACCCUUUCAUCUUUAAAUACCCAUUAAACAAGUUAACAACUUACACAGUGUGGUGCUUUGAAGAAGGGUUAUCUGCCUGUCAAUCUUACUUCAGACAGUGAGCAGGACAGAACAGUAGACAACAUCACGCAUAGCUGAUGCAAUACAGCACAGAUACUGAUGCUGAUAACGGAAUUGCUCUAACUGCUCUAUUUUCUAAUUUAAAAGAACAAAAGAAAGCCACCCUAACAGGUGAUGAGCAGCGAGGGGCACAGGCAGCAUUACAAAUAGAUAAGUUAAAACAUGACAUUAAGGAGUACAUGGAAAAAUAUCCUAGUCUUAAAAAGUUUAUUUCUGUAUGGACCCAGGAAUAUAAUCAAGUAAGUAAAGAUUCACAGCUCUUGUUAGCUGAUAAAGUGGGAGCAAGUACUAAGGGGUCCAAGGAGUAUCAAAAAUGGUAUUAUAUUUAUAAGAAGAUAUUGGCACACAUUAAAUUGUUUGAUAAGUCAGGAAUUGACACAAAUACACCAAUACAAGCACAUACUAUGUCUCUUUACCCCUCUCUCACUAAUAUAGGUAAAGACACGUUACCCUCUGCCCCUUC